CAGAGAGAGGGUUGGAUUAGGGCAUUGACAGCCACCUCAGUCAAACAGUUGAGAGACACACGGUCACAACCUGCUGAGGGGGCAAAACUAACGGGACCGGAAAGUCUAAAUCCAAUCCAGAUCACCUCUUAACUGAUUAGGGAGAGAGGACCAACCGACCACCUCGAGACCCCGCACUGAUUGAAAAGAGGGCAGAGUUGGAGAGUAAAACAAUCCGUUUUGAAAAAGAAGUAAAAUUGAUCUAUCCAGCCACCCUAUACUCUGAACCAUGGAGCGCAAAAUCCCUGACUUCGCUGGUACCUGGAAGAUGAAGAGCUCAGAGAACUUCGAGGAGCUUCUCAAAGCGCUGGGUGUGAACGUGAUGCUGCGUAAGAUAGCGGUGGCAGCAGCCUCCAAGCCGUCGGUGGAGAUCACCCAGGAGGGAGAGACUCUGUCCAUACGAACCUUCACCUCCGUCAGAACCACCCACGUCACCUUCACGGUGGGAGAGUCCUUCAACGAGGCCACGGUCGACGGACGCCCCUGCACGAGUCUUCCAAAGUGGGAGACAGACAGUAAGAUCAGCUGUGAGCAGACUCUGCAGAAAGGAGAGGGACCUAAGACCGCCUGGACCCGAGAGAUAACCAAUGACGGCGAGCUCAUCCUGACCAUGAGUGCGGAGGAUGUGGUGUGUACCAGAGUCUACGUACGAGAGUGAAAGAGGAGACAACUCUUUAUCCUUCCA